AUGUGGCUCCCGAAAGACCUAGUUUACGAGGGUGGGUCGUCGGGAAUUCCAGGCGUCUACCAGAACAAUUUACGCGGCCAAACCGAUUUACCGACUGAUAAAGCUUCAGAUAUCUACGGCUUCAUGCAAAUUGUCGAGUUGUCGGAAUACUUUACCCGCUUUACAGCAUAUAUAACGGAUAAGGGGUUCAUUGAGCAUCGUGAGCCUAGACAUGAGGAUGGCCCGCCUGCGCAAACCCUCGAUUCUAUCACAACAGACAUUUUCAAGUUGAGAGGAAAUCUCGCUUUUAGAGUCGAAUAUCAAAAGAAGGAAAAGAUUAAGAGAAAUCGACCUCUAUCUUAA